AUGUGUGAUUCCACAGUAUAUAUUAUGAUAAAUUUCAAGAGAGUUGAUGAUAGAACGAAUUAUUCACUCAGACCCGUUUCUUUUAAGCUAAAUCCCCUUAAAACUGGACCUUCCUGUAAAAUUAGUGUAGGUAACUUCAGAGAUGAUAACGGAAACCUUACUGGGAUAGGAGGCAGAACCACAGUGAUCGCAAUUUUAAUGUUUUCGUCUGAAACAAAGUCAAAAAACGCACCAGGAAGCUUCCACAACCCACAUAUGGAAGUUUUCGUAAGGCCAGCAUCAGGUACAAUCAAGUCUUCACUUAGAUGUAUUGAAUCUAUACUGCUGAAAAUAAUGCAAAGACUGGUAAAAGUUGACAGACUAGGGAAGGUAACACUAUCGCUUCGGUUGCAAAUAAUGGAGGAUUCUGGAGGACUACUCUCAGUGUGCAUAAACACACUAAUUUUAUGCCUCUAUUUGUCAGGGAUAGAGAUGAUCAACGUACCUUAUUCCGUUUCAGUUGGGAUUGUUAGAUCAGGUUCCGACUCAAUGGGUGAAAAUUUGGUAAUUUUGGACCCUACAGACUAUGAGAUUGCUACUUAUUGUUCCACAUCGCUUACUAUUUUGUGUGACCCUGAAACAGGUAAUUAUUAUAUUUAUUUAUCAAGUUUAGGGGAAGUUUCACUGAUGACAAUUGACUCAGGAAGUGGAUUAUAUGGCAACUCACUAACACUAAUCAAGUCCUUGGCUAAAAAGGCAGCUGUAAAAUAUAUGGAAGAAGUCGAAAAACUAAAAAACCAAUCUUCAAAAUCUUUGUGA